GACAUGAGUGUGUGUGCUUUAUUCCCUCUCUGUUCGUCAUUCGCUCCAUUUCUCUUAAAUUAUCAGUCUUUUUUUUGUCUUUUAGUUUCCUAAACCUCUGGCCGCCUGCAUCAGUGGAGUGAUUGCUCUGUGACCUUGGAGGUAUUUCAGUCAUGGCUGUGAAUCGUGGUCCCGGACGUCGUGGCAGCCUGAGUCCCGAGGGCAUCCUGAGAGAGGCUCAGAUCAAUCUGCUGGAGUGCAAAGUCUGCUUCGAGAAGUUCUGCAGCCAGCAGAGAGAACGCAGACCACGGAACCUUUCCUGUGGCCAUGUACUGUGUCUGGAAUGCAUCACAGCUCUGUCCCACCCUCUCCUGAGGAAGCUGGAGUGCCCGUUCUGUCGACAGCUGUGCAGUGUUGACAGCACCUCCCACUGCCAGGUUCUUUGUGACCUCCAGGAGCUGCUGUUGUCCUGGAGUCCCAGAUCCUCUGCUCCUCGUCGCAGGGUGUCAGGGGGAUUCAAGUCGCCUGCAGGACUGACAUCCUCAGCCCUGCACCUCCACGCAGCUUUUGGUGGCUGGGGGACUCUCAUCAACCCCACUGGGAUAGCUGUUUUAGGGUCCUCCGGGACAAUAGUGGUGGUCCAUGAUGGAGAGAAGAGGGUGGUGGUGUUUAGCCCACAGGGAAAACUGCUGAAUAGUUUUGGGCGAAGAGGACAAGCCAGUGGAGAGCUCUGGUACCCAGUGGAUGUGGCGGUGACUCCCUGUGGUUACGUGGUGGUGACUGAUGCAGGGGACAAAGCUGUGAAGAUUUUCACCUCCAGAGGGAACCACGUGUUGACGGUCAGGGAUUCCUUCCAGGUGCCCUGGGGUGUGGGCACAGACGGCGAUGGGCACCUCUUGGUCACAGACAUCCAGGCAGGCGCGCUGUUCCAUGUCAAAGUGGACUAUACUCUAGGUGUUGUUCUGGAGCAUCGUACGGCCAUUUCUGAGCUCCAGCAGCCAAAAGCAGUGGCCUGCUGUCCAGUGACAGGGAACACUGCGGUGAUGGAGCAUGUAACCAACCACACGCCUCCACCAGUGAGGCAACAACACACGAGGCUGAAAGUGUUCAGCAAAGACUUCCACCUGCUCCAUCAGACAGACACUUUCAGCCUGACUCUGCAGUCCACAGUGAGGCUGAACAUGUCAGGUGUGGUGUUCGACGCAGAUGGAGAUGUGCUGGUGACUGACUGUGACCAGGGGAUGGUUUGGAGUCUGGGGAAGCUGCAGAAUGGCCCGGUCCUCACUCCUCUUGUGAGGGACCACCUGAUCCGCCCAGUCGGCCUGGUGACACUGGACAACAUGCUCAUCAUUCUGGACAGUGGAGAGCACGCAGUCAAGAUUUAUUCUGACAAAUCUGACACUGGAUCCACAACAAAGCUCAUGUGUGAACAGGCCUAGAGUAUGUCAAAUGUAGCUUCACAUUUAAUUGUAUUAUUCAGUGAUGAGGCAACAGCAUUUCUAAAUAAAAGCAAAGUUUUACGUUGAAAAAAUCCUUUGUAUUAAAAAUGAAAAAUGUGAAUACUGGGUUCUAUUGCCUGUGUCAAAGUAAUGUUUGUGUCAUGUUGUUAUUGUUCCAGCUUUUAAAAAGUGCACCAUGUACAGAAUUUACAUUAAUUUCCCCAACAAUAUUAUAUUUCUAUACCUGUAUAAUCUUGCAGAUUUCUUGUGAAAUACAGUUUCACCUUUCGUCCAGUCAAACAAUCUGAAGAAAACUGAAAUCACCUGAAAAAUGCUCGUCAUUGAUGUCCACAAGGCAACAAAGGGUAGACAGAUUCCAUAAUUUUAGGAAGGGUAAAAUCUAAAUAUAGAGAAUAAAGGGAAAUAAAAAUAAAUAAAUAAAGAAGCCAACACAAAUAUAUACAUUAAAUCUAAAGAAACAGAAAAAAAUACAAAAAAAAGGGAACUCCUGAGGUGCUGCAGAGAGAGAUUGUCCUCUUUAUAGACUGUUAAUUAACCUCUAAAUCUCUCUCUCUCUCUCUCUCUCUCUCUCUCUCUCUCUCUC